AUGCUGGCACGAAUGAUAGUUGUCAUUUGGCUAUUGAUUGCUGAGACUGUAUCAGUUGGACAAGCUACAGCCGUAGAUCUCAAUGAUUUCCAGCUGCGACCAGUUAGUAAUCAAGCUGAAUUGUUGAAUAUAGUCGAGAAGCUCGAUCUCGAAUUACCGAAGCUUGGUGUGAAGAACAUUCUUGAUCAGGCCAAUCGGAUUGGUACUCUAAGUACUACACCUAAGACAUGUAAUCCCCACGCUACUUUGAAUCGGAAUUUAACCACCGUCAGCUAUUGCUUCAGUCAAGCAGACAGCGGCACCAUUGGCGGUGAUGUGGAAUGGAUGCCGCAGGGGGUUACUACAGUAGCUGAUGCAAUGGAAAAUCAACUGUGGAAUACCAAGCAACCAAUACUUAUCAGCUGGUACGACAAAAAAUCGGACAAGGUAACGAACACGGAUGCCGAUAAAAUAAAAGGUGCUCGAGUGACCUUCUUUGAUCCAGUUACAGUCAACUAUCAGCAUGUACUGCUGGUAUAUCCGCUCAUUAAUAGCUUUGGAAAUCCGAGCUACAUGAGCCUGCGCACCACACAGAAGAAUGAAUACGAUUCAUUGCAUGCCGGUGGUAUUGCUUGGUAUGGUAACUAUCUGUAUGUUGCAGACACUGGACAUGGUUUUCGGGUCUUUGACAUGCGCUAUAUCUUCGAUCUGAAAACAGCUGCAAACGGUGAUACGAGCGAUAAAAAUCAGAUCGGUCGCCAAAAUGGUAAAUAUUAUGGACACGGCUAUCGCUAUGUCAUGCCGCAGGUCGAUGAAUGGACCAACGUUGUCGAAAGGGAUGUGACAAAGAAGUGUACAGAUAAUGCUGGAUCACCAACAUUUUCAUUUGUAGCAGUUGACCGUAGCGGCGUCGAUCAUUUGAUCUCUGGUGAGUUUUGCGCAGAUAAAGCUGCUGCAGGUGAUAUUAAUAAAUCGGGACGUGUGGCUCGAUGGCCUUUGGACGGCAAUACUGGUCAACCAAAGCUCACCAAUGGUCUCUGGAAAGCUGAUGCAGCCUAUCGAUUACCAAUCUCUAAUAUUCAAGGCGCAGUCUCUUACAACAAUAAGUGGUACCUGAGCCGUAGCCAAGGGUCAUCGAAUGGUUUCCUAUAUGUUACAAAGUCCAUUAUUUCCCCCACCGGAAUAUUAGAAAUUGAUACUGCCCACUUUGCCGCGGUUGGUCCCGAAGACCUGUCACAUUGGACCAACCCAGACGGUAGUGCAGGUGGUCUCUGGACCGUGACGGAGCAUGCUGGUAAGCGGUUACUGUACGCUUGCGACAUUGAUCAACUUAACAAUCGCGAGGGGAGCAAUCGUAUUUGUGGACCUCGUGCUAAUCUAUCAUAA